GACUAAUAAGAUGGUGUGUAAAGCUGUUGUCAGUAGAAGAUAAAGUCUACCAGCUAUCAGUCAGACACAAGGAUAAAGUAAAGCAAUUGAUAACACGAUCUUUUUUACACCGUGUACUUUUGGAAUCGGCUUCAUGACGAGGAACCCGAACCGAGGAACGUGCCUUCGAGAGGAACGUUUACUGCAGCCAGCAAUUCCAAUAAACAAUGCCCUUUGACCAACCAUGUGCUGGUUCGCUCCGAUUGUGUGUUUUUGUUGUUCAUCGGUUUAACCACUAGAUGUACCCCAAAGCCUUGCCAAAAAAAUAAUUGCAAUAAAUCGGCCAACCCGAUGAUUGCACUCUCUAGUUUUACUUUUAAUACUCUCAGUGUGGAUUGUCUUGGCACUAUUCCAUUUCAUUGAAAAAGAAAAUGACCUCAAAGGCAAUGACCGUACUUUUGCCAAAGUGAAAGAGUUGACACGAUCAUCCUUUUAUUUUAAAAGAAGCACAAACUGCCAAGAAGAUUAAAAAGGGUGUGUGGCUCCAAACAUGCUCUCUCCUCUAUCCUUAGCAAUAGAAAAGGCUGUGCUUUUUGACCUUAGCACCAGCCAGUGCCUCGCUGUCUGCUUGAUCUAAUCGGGGAUCAAAGUCCUGUCCAUGAGGCGCUAUCAGUAGCAGGCUGUUACGCUCUUUCACUCCAAAGACACCCAUCCCACACAAGACUGGCUUGUGUGCUUCACCACCAUGUCUCGGUGUGCCCUCGUUCUUCUGCUCUGCCUCUCCACGGGCCUCGCUGCAACACUCAUCACUGCCGUUUCUGCUGAGGAGCCUCCUUUGGCUCCUGAAGCCGCAGCAGCUGAAGAGCCGAACCUGGAUACAGUCCUACAGGCUGCUGGCGCUGAGGGAAACCAGGCCAAAGAUGGUGCCAGCGCUACCCAGGAUGAAGAGGAUUCCGACUGGGGCAUGGGCUCCAUCAGAGGCAGCUUUCAAGCAGUCAAUGGGUAUUUUGACUCGUUACUGGAGCUGAUGGGAGGCCGCGAUGGCGUGUGCCAGUACCGCUGCAGAUACGGUAAAGCUCCACAAGCUCGUCCAACCUACCAGAUGCCUGAGCCCAAUGGCUGCACAUCCUCUUUGCUUGGUUUCCAGGUACCAGAAAGUUUCGACAUGGGAAUCCCAGCCAUGACCAAGUGCUGUAACCAGCUGGACAUUUGUUAUGACACGUGCGGUUCCAACAAGUACCGCUGCGACACCAAGUUCCGCUGGUGCCUCCACAGCAUCUGCAGUGACCUAAAAAAGAGCUUGGGCUUCAUGUCGAAGGUUGAAGCUUGCGAAGCAUUUGCAGACACCAUGUACAACACGGUUUGGACUCUGGGCUGCAGGCCGUUCAUGAACAGCCAGAGGGCAGCAUGUAUCUGUGAGGGAGAGGAGAAAGACGAGUUGUAAGACCUACCACUCCACUCAGCCAAGCGCAAUGACUCACCAUUACCAUGCGCCUUCAAACUCGACCAACAUCAGCUCAGCGAACUCCUAAAGAGAGACUUGUGUUGCUGAAAACUCAUUGGAGCAAACGACUGACAUGCUUCCUGUGGAUGCCAGGGUUUUUGUUUUCCCUUUUUAUUAUAUAGAUAUAGGUUUGGGUUUACAGUUUUAUCUAAAUGGUAAACUCCUAUGGUGCUGCUGGAGGAGAGCAUUCCUUUAGUACUCCUAUAGGCCUAAUGUUUUAAGAUCAGUCAGGGUGGUAUUCUAAAUGAGAGGACAGAGUGGAAUAAUGCUGUAAUUCUAAACUUAAGACACAUUACGAAUGGUUGAAAGAAUCCACUCCACCCCCACUAAGUGACAGUGUGCUCCCCGGACUUAAUGCAAUAUAUUCGUAAUUUAUUAUAGUUCAGCGCUGAGACUUUCAGAUUGAUAUUUCACACACUUUUACAAUCCAAACACUGGCAUAUAAUUUAUAAAUAAUGUGGUUUCAUUUCACACAGAUUUGAAACAUUAUAAGACUCAAGAAUUUCAUGACCAUCUACUCUGUCACAUCCAAAAGUUUCUAAGUUAUUUUGAACUUCUGAAUGAAUAUAUUCUGAAUAAAUGUCAGACUCGA